AAUUCUGAACAUUAACACUUUCAGCUCGAAGGCUCAUCUUUCGGAUUUAUGCAUUCAAAUUUAAAAUGGCGCUGUCUGUAAAAUUGAAAUGGAGCGGUUCUCUAUACGAUUUAGAGGUUGAUCCUGGUAUGAAAGUAUCAGACUUGAAGGAGAUGGUAAAAGAGAAGACUGGAGUUUUACCACAACGACAGAAAUUAUUAAACUUGAAGCACAAAGGGAAGCCAGCAGGUGAUGAAAUGAAGUUAGAGGAACUAAAAUUGAAGCAGAAAAUGACAAUAAUGAUGAUGGGAACAAGAGAAGAGAAUCUUGAAGAUGUUCUUGUUCCUCCUGAUGUCGGAGAAAUCAUUGAUGACUUUGAUAUUGAUGAUGAAGUUGAGAUUAAGUUACAUAAUAGAUCUGAACAUCUCGCUAAAAUUGAACGAAGAGUUCGAGAAUAUGAGUUAAAAAAACUCAAUGACCCACGACCAGGAAAAAAACUUCUUGUUCUGGAUGUUGAUUACACAUUGUUUGAUCAUCGAUCUAAUGCAGAGAGAGCAGAAGAAUUAAUGCGACCUUAUCUCCAUGAAUUUUUAUCAGUCGCCUAUGUUAAUUAUGAUAUUGUUAUAUGGUCGGCAACCAGUAUGAAGUGGAUUGAGGUCAAAAUGCAAGAACUUGGAGUAACAAAUAAUCCCAAUUAUAAAAUUGCUUUCUUUAUGGAUCAUGCAGCUAUGAUUACAGUUCACACACCAGAAUAUGGAGUUGUUAAUACAAAACCACUCGGAGUAAUCUGGGGAAAGUAUGAUUUUUAUUCAGCAAAGAACACAAUAAUGUUUGAUGAUUUGAGAAGAAAUUUUUUAAUGAAUCCGCAGACUGGUUUGAAAAUCCGCCCGUUCAAACUUGCACAUUUAUAUCGAAGCACUGAUGAUGAAUUAAAGAAGUUGAGUACAUAUUUAACAUUAAUAUCUUCACUUGAUGAUUUCACAACAUUGGAACAUCGGAAAUGGGAACGAUAUGUUCGGAAGAGAUUAGAAGAGCAAGGGAAAGAAGAGACUUGAACAUGUUUGACAUAAGAACCAGUAUUCUUUCAAACUGGUGACAAAACAUUCGCAAUUGGGGAGAUGCCACCUAUAUGAACAAUCAUAGAUGGGACCUUUCCUCACAUGGGACUAGAAAAUUGAGUUACUCAAAGAACCACUAUUUUGCAGUCCGCUUGCUAUUUGAUAUAUUUAUUUAUAUUAUGAUUUCAUUAAAAAAUGCAAGAGAUGGAGAUCUACCAA